AUGGUCCCUUUGUACACUGGCAGCUGUGCAAACCCGGAGGAUCCGUACCUUGUGGUCUUCCACCCAGUGGUAGCUGACGCCAGGGUCCACUUCCCCUCUCACGUCAAACGCUUUGAGGUCCAGAUGUUCUCCUUCACCAAGGAGGCAGAUGACCCGAGUGGACGGGUAACAAAGCUCACACUCUUUUAUUGGUUAAUGUUGUUUGAGUGGCAAUCAUCCCUCUUUUUUUAUCUGACACGAUCAAAUCUAUUUGAUUCCUAGGUCUUUGUCCAUUGUGAUGUGGCCAUCUGUGAUGCCAGUAGUCCCUCUGGCGGCCCCUGUAGUGGACAAUGUGUGACUCAGGACAACCCGAAAAGAGGUAUGGCAUGUUUUUAAAAAAAUGAUUUUCAGACACUGUCAAACCUAGACCCAUAACUGAACUAAUAGGUUUUCUCUCAACAGGUCAAAGACAUGUCAAAGACCUAUUUGAGGAGCAUAAUUUAAAUGUUUCUUCUGGAUACAUUCUGUGGGUGUAG